AUGUGCUGUAGCAGCUCCAAAGACGUGAAGCCGCCAGCGGAACGAACCCCCGGAAACAUGGGGAUUCAUCGCAACAACAACUUUCCCAUGUACCCAGAGGAACAUGCAGAGGACAAGUUUCGAAGGGACGAGUACCAGUCCCACAAGCACAGUAUGAUGAAGAGCCAGCGGAAUAUCCAGGGCCUCAGGCGGUUCAAGGGAUUCCCUCUGCCCGGCGAAACCCGUCGCUCAGGUUCAGGAAGUUCAGGGUGCUCAUCCCCUGCCCCAGUAGCGGAGAUGUCAGCCAAAGCCCGCGCCUCAGCAGCUGAAUACCCCAACGUACCGCUUGGGGGUAGACGACCUUCCGUAGGGCGCUUCGACAGGUCCCCUGCCUUUGGAUAG